AUGGACUCGGACGACGAGAUCAUGUCAGGCUCCCCGAGCGCCGACGAACUCGAUCUAGACGAAGGCACGCAAGAUUCCGAUAUCGGUAGCCUCGCAGACUUUGAGCAUGAAGAUGGCAGUUUCGGUUACGAUAAAGAUUAUCUAACCAACCCGGCGAAACCAUAUGAAAUCGAAUUCAAAGUCUUGAAUCCACUAGACAUUCAGGUCCAGCAAGACAAGCAAUUUCAAGAGGUGGCGUCCGUCAUUGAAUUGCCCACGGAGCAGACCGCCAUUCUCCUCCGCUUCAUGCGAUGGAACAAGGAAAAACUCCUGGAAAUGUACAUGGAAAACCCGGAAAAAGUCCUUGAAGAUGCAGGUCUCGGUCCGACGUUCGCUGAAGCCCCAAAGACCAGGACCAUACCCGGCUUCGAGUGCGAGAUCUGUUACGAGAACGGUCCAUCCCUGCAGUCAUACGCGAUGAAAUGCGGCCACCGAUAUUGUGCCGAUUGCUAUACUCAAUACCUAACUCAGAAAGUCAAGGAGGAGGGCGAAGCCGCCCGAAUCCAGUGUCCCCGAGAUGGCUGUCAUCGGAUUGUAGACGCAAAAUCGUUGCAACUCCUUGUCGCACCAGAAGUUCGGGAUCGCUACAAUGUGCUCCUCACUAGAACGUACGUGGAUGACAAAGAGAAUCUCAAAUGGUGCCCAGCUCCCGAGUGUGAAUAUGCCAUCGAAUGCCCGGUCAAGAAGCGAGAUCUAAGGAAGAUCGUUCCUACAGUCCGUUGCAACCAUCAACAUUCUUUCUGUUUUGGUUGUACACUCGCUGACCACUUACCUGCACCAUGUGGUUUGGUCAAGAUGUGGAUGAAGAAGUGCGAAGAUGACUCCGAAACAUCAAAUUGGAUAUCAGCCAAUACCAAGGAGUGUCCGAAAUGCAAUUCGACAAUCGAAAAGAACGGCGGUUGCAACCACAUGACCUGCCGAAAAUGCAAGCACGAAUUCUGUUGGAUGUGUAUGGGCCCCUGGUCCGAGCACGGCACUAGCUGGUACAAUUGCAACCGCUACGAGGAGAAGUCCGGGACAGACGCCCGUGAUGCUCAGGCCAAAUCCAGACAUUCGUUGGAACGUUACCUGCAUUACUACAACCGCUUUGCCAAUCAUGAGCAAUCAGCUAAGCUCGACAAGGACCUGGCUGUGAAGACGGAGAAAAAGAUGACGAGCCUACAAAGCCAGUCGAACAUGUCAUGGAUCGAGGUGCAGUAUCUGGACACGGCAUCGAAAGCACUGCAGUCGUGCCGUCAGACUCUGAAAUGGACCUAUGCGUUUGCUUUCUACCUACAACGCAACAACGAGACAGCGAUGUUCGAAGACAAUCAAAAAGAUCUGGAAAUGGCUGUUGAGAACCUCAGUGCCAUGUUCGAGAAGCCAGUGAACGAAUUGGCGGCUUUGAAGGUGGACAUGCUGGACAAGACGACAUACUGCAACAGGCGGCGGGAAAUUCUGCUCAGCGACACGGCAGAGAAUCUCAAGAGAGGUACGUCACAACGUCCGCUAUGCUAUUGGAAGUGCUGA